GGGAAAAAGAAAAAGAGAGGAGAAAGCAAAAGCCAUAGCAAAAAGCGCCAUUUUUGUAUUUGUUGUUAAGGAUAGAACUCCAUUGUUGUCGGAGCCUUUUUCUCUUAUGCAAAUCUGCAAUAAGGCUGAGAACGGGAAGGAAGGGAAGAAGGAGAGAAGGAUAUUAUCAGUAUAAUCCAACUGGACCUUUGAUCGACGAUGCAUCUGGCGACUACCACCUGUUAUUUGAACCCAAUUCCGCCGGAGACAAGGCCUGCGCUUCGCAUCGCCGCGUAUGGACCCGCCGUACAUUUGGAGUUGCCGGGGUUGAGGUUGAGGUCUAGUUUGAGUCAAAGCGUGAGGGCCUCGUCGUCGUCGUCGUCGCCAUCGUCGUCAUCCUCCUUCGCGAGUGAGGCGACAGUAGAGAAGAACCCAGCCACAAAGCCUUCGAUCUGUACGGCCGAUGAGCUUCACUACGUAUCUGUUGCCAAUGGAAAUUGGAGGCUUGCUCUCUGGCGCUACAUCCCUACUCCCAAGGCCCCUUCAAGGAAUCAUCCGCUGUUGCUUUUGUCCGGGGUGGGAACGAAUGCCAUUGGAUUUGACCUCUCUCCUGAGUCUUCAUUUGCACGUUACAUGUCAAGUCAAGGAUAUGAUACAUGGAUUCUUGAAGUUCGAGGUUCUGGAUUGAGCACAAGGGUUGAAGACUACAAAGCAGUUGAGCCUUCUUCCAGUAAUAGUGCAAUAACUGAGCUGAUGGAAUGUUCUGCUGGGGGCCUGAUAAAUGGUGCUUUAUCUACUGAGCAAAAGUCAAAUGUUAAUACCAGUGCUUUGCCGGAUUCUGAAGCCUCAGCUGUCAAGGAAAACAAGAUAGAGGCGUUGACACCUUGGGAUGAAUCACGAUUGGUGACAAAGUUGACAGAAACAUUUAUCCGUUUGUCAGAACAACUCUCUGGCUUUCUCAGUGAAGGUCAAGCAAGGAUUAUGUCUGCUAAAUUAUUUGAUCAAAUAUCAAAACUCUUAGAAGAUGCUCAAUUAUCUGAACGCUUUAAUGACAUCAGGGGAAAACUUUCAGGUUUGUUAGAAGCCAGGCAGAAAUCUGCUAUUACUGGCCAAAUCAGGGAGUUGAGUCAAAGGCUUGUAAAUAUUAUUGAAGGACAACGAUCUGUUUCACCACAGUUGUUUGAUUUGCAAGAGCGUUUGACUACAACCAUAGAGGAUUUCCAGAAACAACUUGAUUUGAUUGUGAAGUAUGAUUGGGACUUCGAUAACUAUUUGGAAGAGGAUGUUCCUGCCACGAUGGAAUACAUAAGGAGUCUAAACAAUCCAAAGGAUGGUAAAUUGCUUGCAAUUGGACAUUCUAUGGGGGGAAUAUUGCUGUAUGCAAUGCUGUCACAAUAUGGUUUUAAAGGUAGAGAAUCUGGAUUGGCGGCAGUUGCUACAUUGGCAUCAUCACUGGACUACACUUCUUCAAACUCAUCACUUAAAAUUCUGUUACCCCUUGCGGAUCCUCUACAAGCUCUUAAUGUUCCUGUUCUUCCUGUGGGGGCAUUACUAGCAGCUGUUUACCCUCUUUCAAGCCGCCCUCCUUAUGUCUUGUCCUGGCUUAAUCCUCAGAUUUCAGCACAGGACAUGAUGCAUCCUGAGCUAUUUGAAAGGCUUGUCUUGAACAACUUUUGUAAGUUUAUACAUCCUUUUUCUCUUAUUCACUUUAAUAUGUUGUUAAUACAGGCCCUUUUUGUUUCUGUUGAGAGAUUAACACCUGAUAUAAUUGGGGAUCUAAUUACUGACCUCUCCCCCUCCCCUCCUCCAUAAAGGAAAGGCAUGCAAUUUAAAUAUGCCAAAGUUUCAUUGCUUCACUAUGCCUAUACCAAUCAAUCACAAUGUCCGAAGUUUUACACCCCUAGCCAAGCAAAGAGUUCCAUCUCUGUGUUUCCCCUGAUAAUUUAUAUUAAAAUUUUAACCCUCUAUAAGAUCAAUAAAUAUUCAAAAGCUUAUUUCAUGCUAGAACUAAAUUUGGGGUCGUCUUCCUACACCAACAGUGUGGAAAGCGAUUCCCACACUAACAGCUGAUUUUUCCUAGGCGACAUUAUUACUUGGAGCUCAAAUGUUCUAGACGUAUGACUUAUUGUCCACAUCAUCAUCUAGUCAUAGUUUAGUUUUCAAACCAGUCUUGUCUUCUAUACAUGUCAUGUAAUGCUUCCAAAUUUGAUUGGAAAGUCAAAUAUUUGCACUAUUUGAAGGAGAGAGAACAUUGAAAAGUAAAGGGAAGAAUAUAUACAUGAUGGAUCAUAUGAUUGAGAUGGGCCACCAAAUUUGACACAAGGCCGAUCCAAGAGGUUCCCCAUUCAUCCAACAAUCAAAAUGCCAAAUAAUAAAUCCACAUGGUAAAAAAGUUGUCUACCCACACAAUCCAUAUAAGAAAACUUUAUCCAUUAAAUAUAAAUUAAUUUUUCUCUUUCUAGUUGGUAGAGUUUUAUUUUAUUUUAUUUUUUGAAUAAUUACACUAGGAUUCAUUUUAUAUGGUAUAUCCAAAUGUGGGUUCAACGCCAUUCUUAGCCUUGAAAUAAGCAGAUAUAGCUACUAUAUAUGAGCAAAGGUAAACUGAGAAAGUAGUUCAUCCUAAAUUUUCUUGUAUACGAAUAUUGAUAUUUGGGGUGUCAAUCCUGAGCCUGCACUAGUAGGCCCAACCCAUCCUGACUCGCUUAAGGCCCGACCUGAACCGGCCCGUUUAAUAAACGUGUCGGGCUUAAGCCCGGCCCGUUUAUUAAACAGGCAUUUACGGGGCUACUACUAGCCCGACCCAUGUAUUAAAUAGGAGUUUACGGUGCAGAGUAGUGGCCCGUUGGGCGCCUGACCAGCCCAACUCACUUAUCCCGACCAACCCAACCCCCUUUAGAAAAAUGCUUAAAUUGUAAAUACCUAUUCUACCACUAAUACUACAAAAUAUGAGUAAUGCUUAAAUUGUAAAUACUUUUUU